AUGCGGGGAUUUGCUUCUUGGGCUGCUGUGGCAGCUACUGUGAAUGUUGUAUCAGGCCAUGCCGUGCCUUUGCAUUCAAUUCGUGCAUCCGAGUUGGCGUCGAAAGCGUUGCAUGCGUCGCAUGGUUUACCGUCAGACGCCACUGAGCCUCCUGUAGAGGAAGACUUUCCUUUUGACUGGGACCUUGCAUCCUCGUUGGCGGGUCUGACUGGCGCGCCACCCACGGCAACCGCUUAUGAAUUACCGACAGGUCUUCCAUCGUCCUUCACGAAAAACUAUCCCAAUUUGGGACCAUGGAAAGACUCAAGCUCGUCAUCGGAAGUCCAGCCCACCUCGACUUCAGCCAGCCAUAUUUCUAUUGUGGCCACGAGCCCAACACCAAAAGCUUCGCCAAGCAAGGAAGAGGGUCACUCACCAGCCUCAAAAACAUGUGCGAAGCCUGCUUUAAAAUCUCAGGGCGCGUAUUGGCUGGACCAACAAGAUCACAACGAGCACGGUGCCGGUUUCGCACCCUACGCAAAGAAUGGAGACUAUCCUGUCUACCGAAACGCCAUGGACUACUCGGUCGUGAACGACGGCACUGGAGACCAGACCGCGAGAUUGCAACAGGCGAUCGACGAUGAUGGCGCCGGUGGUUCUCGGAAAGGACAAGGUGUAGCACGCUAUCCAGCCCAGGUUUAUCUACCAGGUGGUGUUUAUCAACUCGGCAGUACCCUUGAUCUGACAGUUGGAACGAUUAUCGUUGGUGACCCGCUCAACCCACCGGUCCUUAAGGCCGCAAAGGGUUUCAAUGGUGACUAUCUUGUUAUGGGUUACGACUCGAAAGCAGGACAGCCAGAAACAACGUUCGCCAUUGUACUCAAGAACAUCAUUCUGGACACUACAGCCUUGGAUCCCAGUCGAAAGAUCGGUGUUCUUCAGUGGGGUGUUGCCCAAGGCUCGGGGCUGACCAACUUGGAAAUUCGCAUGCCUACCUCUUCUGUCGGACAUGUUGGCAUCGACAUCAAGGCAGGAUCGACUAUCGCAGUCACGGAUGUGAAAAUCACAGGUGGCUCGAUUGGAAUCAAGAACUCUAACCAGCAGGUCAACUUCAAGAACAUCUCAUUCAACUCGUGUGGAACCGGUUUCAGCGCUGUCGGCGGUUGGACAGUCCUCCUCCAGCACGCAACAUUCAACGGGUGUGGAACUGGUGUUGAUAUGACCAGCAAUGGUCUCGGUAGUAUGGUGCUAUUGGAUUCCACUGCUGUCAACACAGGACCUGUUGUUCGAUUCCAUGAUUCGUCGCAGGACACAGGUAACCAGAAUAGCCAGUUCCUUAUUCAAAACCUGAAGCACGAUACCCCCAACGCCAUUGCCGUCAACUCCGAUGGGAAGGUCGUAUUGGCCGCAACUCCGCACGUCGACACGUGGGUCUGGGGCACUGUUGUUCCUGAGAAGUAUGAAACCGGUGCAAGCUGGGAGACAAAGCGCCCUGCAUCCUUGCUAGUUGAUGAUAAAUACUUCAUCAAAGCACAGCCUACAUAUCAGGAUUACACGAAGGAGGAUAUCGUCAACGUGAAGUUAGUUUCUGCUCACAAGGUCAAUGGCGAUGGCCAGACAGAUGACACCGAGAGCCUGAACGCAAUUCUCGCCGAGAAUGCUGAUUCUUGCAAAGUGACCUACAUCCCCUACGGCGUGUAUCGCGUCUCCGAUACUCUAUUUGUGCCCGUUGGAACACGCAUUGUCGGAGAGGCGUGGUCUGUCAUCUCUGGAUAUGGUGAAAAGUUCAAGAAUUCCGACCAGCCAAGACCAGUGGUUCAACUCGGUAACCCUGGAGAUGUUGGUCUCAUUGAGAUUCAGGACAUGCGUUUCUCAGUUGGUGAGAUUCUCCCCGGUGCCAAGAUCAUCGAAGUCAAUGCUGCUGGCAGUCAGCCUGGUGAUGUCGGUAUGUGGAAUACUAUGGCGCUUGUUGGAGGAACCGCCGAUACAAGCGUCACUACCACCUGCACUUCCCAAGACCCCAAGAACUGCAUGGCAGCCUUCAUGGUCAUGCAUCUUACCGAGAGCUCAUCCGCAUACAUUGAGAACUUCUGGGGAUGGACAGCGGAUCACAAUCUCGACAGCGAGUCACUCCUCACCAUUAUUUCCACCGGUCGAGGUAUUCUCAUCGAAGCCACUAAGGGCACCUGGUUGACUGGUACUGGGUCCGAGCAUCACUGGCUUUACAACUACAACUUCCACCACGCCCAGAAUGUAUUCGCCGGUCUGCUUCAAACGGAGUCCCCCUACAUGCAGGGCAAGGGUGAGUACCAGGCUGCUCCUGCGCCUUGGACCGCCAUCGACAAGUAUGGCGACCCCGACUUCUCAUGGUGUGGGGCAGACGACGAGAAGUGCCGCAGCUCCCUUGCUACCAACAUUGACGGUGGUUCCGACCUUGCUCUUUACAACUCCGCCGCUUGGGCCUUCUUUGAUGGAUAUUGGAAUGGCUUGUAUAAUGAGCCCUGCGAAGGCGAGUGUCAAACGAAUAUGAUGCGGGUGACGAAUAACCCGGUCAACCUUGUGUGGUACUCUAUUAGUACCCGCAUGACGGACGUCAUGGUGCUCGAUGGGAAGACCAACCCCCGUGAGUCCAACCACAAGGGCGGCUGGGAGGGUAUCAUCCAGGUUUACGGGGAGUUCACGGCUUGA